AUGAUAUACAUCCCACCCUUCUCACCAACCCCGGGCAAUCACCCGUCCGUCCCGGACUUCUUCCAACCGUACCCAACAGCCGUCAUCAACUACCGGUGGUCCGCCCCGGUCUCCACUCCGGAGCCGGACCCCUUGGCGGAGCCAGACUUCUCGACACCCCUUCAAUGGCCGACGCCCAUCCACGACGUCCUCGCCGGCUACAACUGGAUCACCGAGAACCUCCGUCCCGACCUCUACUCACGCCGUGAUCUGUACGUCUACGGCUCCCACGCCGGCGCCAGUCUCGCCGCCUCCCUGGCCCUGACGGAGUCUCACCACCACGAGCGCAUGGCCAUCCGCGGGUUGAUCGCCUGGAACGGCAUCUUCAACUGGACCAUGUUCCUCCCGGACCACAAGAUCAACAAGCCCGCCAGCGCCCGCAGUCGUAAGCUUCCCCCGCGGCCCGAGGAAGGAUCGGCGCUGCACGCGCUGGAGACGGAGAUGCCGGGCCUGUUUCGCAAGCCGGCGGACCUCUUCGACCAUUUCGCCAGCCCGAACUUCUUCUUCCAGACGGCCGGGAUGCUUGCGCCACCCACCUUCCACCAGGCAGCCGUCAUGACAACGAUGCUGGAGAGGAUGUCUUCCUUGACGAGCGGAGGAACCCCGGAUGAUCUUCUGGCGGCCACCGGCAUGGCCUUCAUGACGCCCAGGAGGAGCGCGCUGAUGUUCCCGCCGCGGAAGUCGACCCUGAAGCUGCCGGCGACUCUGCUCCUCCACGACAGCUCGCCUCUGCCUCUGACGAAGCGGAGAACGAAGGCGCCCAUGACGAUCAGGAGGCGGAGGGCCGCGGGGCACACGUUCGAGGCCCAGGCGUUGGAGCUGGCGGGCCUGAUGAGGAAGAGCCUGGAUAAGCUGGAGUUCAAGACGAAGCUGGCGUGGGACGAGGACUUUGACGCCGAGGGCGAGAUGGAUAGGCGGGUGAAGGUGUUGAAUGUCGGCGAGAACGAGUAUCUGCGGCUGGGCGAGAGGGCUAUCGACGCCCUUGACAACCUCAAGGCCAAGUUCCAGGCCAUCUUCAAGAAGAAGGACAAGAAGCCAGCCGAAUCCAAGCCCGCCGAGCAGAAGCCCGCGGCCACCACUACACCCGCUACCGAGCCUACAAAGACCGAGGCCGCUCCUGCUGCUGCCCCUGCUACUGAGCCCGCUGCUCCUGCUGCGGCGCCCGCCUCUGAGCCGGCCAAGGCCCCCGAGGCCAAGACGGAGGCAGCUCCGGCGACAACCGAGCCCGCCAAGGCUCCCGAGGCCGCUCUUGCUGCUCCUGCAGCUCCCGCCGCCCCGGCUGAGGCGUCCAAGCCCGCCGACGCCACCGCACCGGCUCCGGCUGCUGCCACUGAGCCCGCAAAGACGGAGACUGCCCCUGCAGCCCCAGCUCCCGCUGCAGAGACCGCUCCUGCGCCCGCCGCGGCUCCGGCUGCUGCUCCGGCUGCCGCUCCGGCCGCUGCCCCUGCUGCUGCCCCUGCUGCUGCGACAACCGCGCCUGCUCCGGCUGAGCCCGCGAAGACCGAUGCUCCUGCGGCUGUCGACGCUGCCAAGCCCGAGGAGAAGGCAGAGGAGAAGAAGGAAGCUCCCCCCGCCUAG